AUGCCUAGUGGACUCGGCCAACGGCCACUGUCCGAAGUGAGCCCGAUGGCGCAGCGACGCAACUCCCCUAGUUGGAAUCAGACUAGCAAGGUGCCAAGUGGGGAGACGACCAAUUACGAUGUUUCACCUAUGAACAAUGGAACCUCCCCGCACCUCUUUUGGAAGGGUCGCGAAUCCCCGUCUCCCUUCUCUAAGGGCACAGAGAAUCGUGCGCCUUACGACCCAGAAUCUGUUUACCUGCCUGCAAGACGUCCAUCACUCGAGGACUUGAAGCGUGUAUCGCGAGUGAAGAACCACAGCAUGUUCCGUGAGAGCGGGCAAGAAUACGAUCCCGCGCGGGUUUCGGUACCUCACAGGCCACUAGCUGCCGAUCGGUCUCCCAACCGAGAGAGCCAAAUGAACCUUGCGAAGUCGCAAUUUUCAGACGAAGAAGCCGAUGAAAUCCAGCGACCACAUUCACCUAGCAAAGAGCAGCCGUCCCCGAGCAAGUCAUCACUGUCCAAAGCCACUCGAUACGGUAAGGGCUUUGACCCGCAAAACGAUAUUUGGUCCGAGUAUGAUAGUGCUGGUCACCGCCAUGCUAAGAGUGUUACCUUUGAUGCUGCCCCACCUCAAGUCAACGAAUAUGAAAUGAGAACUCCGGAUCCAUCUUCCUUGGCCUCAGAGUCCCGCGAAAACAGUUAUGAUUCGGAGGACUACGAGGAUGUCAGCUUCGAACACGAAUCGUCUGUGGAGCGCGACGACAGCUUUGACGCAUCUCUCGAGGAUAUUGAAAAAACUCCAGUUGUACUGCCAGACGAAUGGCGCUUCAUGAGUCCCGGUGUCAAUGGAGAAGGUGACUCCUUCACGGAGACAGUCGAUGAUGAGGACGUUGAGGAUCGGCCAGUCUCACGUGGAGGUGAAUCCUCGCACCACUCUCGUGUUGAGUCGUUAGAUUCAAAUGGCGAGAGACGCCCCUUGCCACCGUUGCCUCCGUUGCCUUCGGUGUCUCGUAUCUCUGGUUCUCGACCCUCAUCAGCAAGCAAGACUUCGGAUGCCUUCGAGCUCGGUAGCGGUAGCCAACGUGGAAUGACAGCCCCAUUAGCGCCGGCUUCGUGUAAAAAGGCUGAUAUCGACGGAGAGAUGUCCCUUGAGGACAGACUCUCGCUCAUGAUGCUGCAAGAUCACCAGACUUCUGAUCAUGAUGAUAGUGAUCACGAUGAUAACGAAGAGGAUAUCGGCGAGCGAGCUGUUAGCCCCAUGCCCAAUGAUGAGGACCCAUCUGUCCUUGAGGAGGAUGAGGCGGAUGAACCAGCCACCCAUGAUAUCUUCUCCCCUCCUCGGAUCUCCCGAGACUCGAUUCUGAGAGACAUUCGCAAGGGGGAGAGCUAUGAGGAUGACGACUUUUUCGGGGAUGACUCCCAUAUUGCAUCCAGCCCCCAUGCUUAUGACCAUUACGACCCUGAUGUUCCAAUCCCGUCCUUGGAAGACGAUGAGGAUGAUGCUUCGAGCGUGAUUAUCAAAGAAGAAGCCCAUGAUGAUGAUUUAUAUGCAAUUCCGGAUUAUUACCAGAACUCCUCGGAUCACAGCCUCUCCUCUCGUGAUCACCGCGCCAAAUAUGAUGAAGAUAGCAACUACUCGCUAAAAUCAGCAGCCGAAGCGGCUGAGAACGACAAGACCCAGGGUUCUGGCCAGUCUACUCCAGUUCCUGCUGAAGCCAGCCCUGCUCCUCCAGUCUCUCAGCCGGAAGACGAAAAUGAGAAUCCAGAGCCUGAGGAAGACCAUCAUUUGGAUCUCGCGUCUCUUCGCCAGUCACUUGGUCGCCCUGUGACUCCCGAGAUUAAGGAAGAGCCGACCUCGGAACCAUCCACUCCAGAUUCGGUGAUCCGUCAUCCGAUCGAGGAACAUGAUGAUGACGAGCAGUCUGAAGAUGAGCAUGACGUGGAAAGCUCCUCAGACGAGUCUGUCCCUGAGCCAGUGGCCACUAUUCGAGCCCCGGGCGCUGGAUUGAAGACACGCCCAUCACUGACCCCUGCAGACAUGGACUCAAUGGCCGCUACCCGUCGCAAGAUCAGUGGCCAAUACAUCCCUCCCGUUCCUCCAAUGCCUGCUUUUAACAAGCAGACCACCGACGAUACCCAGGAGCCCGAAAAGGAAGCUUCGAAAACCGACAGCGCCCCACAGCUGGCGCUCCCCGCCAAUCUCACCCAGCGUCAGUCUAGCUUGAUGCAGUUAGACAUUCCUUUCAGCAUUCAGGAAGAAAGCCUCGGAUCUGGCUUGACAAAGGAAUUUGAUCGUGUUAUUGAAUCUCAAAAGGUGGCGUUCGACCUAGCUCUUUCCAUUCUUGAUUCCUCUCCCGUGCCGGUCCCCCCAAUGCAGCCGCUGCCCUCUCAAAUCCUAGAACAUCUCAACCCUAUGAGCCCUACAUCAUCAGCUAACACAGCUUCAACCAACCAGAGAGGAUAUUUGAUGCGACAGAACACCAAAGUGGUCAUUGCCAGCAACCGAAAUGAGGAAGAGCCUAGCCUUCCAACUGAUUCGGCGACACAAGACCCCCGCGGUACUCGUUCUGCCGGAUCAUCCCCCCGCAAACCCAGCCAGCAGACAUGGACAACAGAACCAUGGAAUGGUCAACCAAGAAAGCCCAGUGUGAAGAUGGCAGGCGGACUCCCGAAGAAGAAGCCUGUUGGCGGAGCAAUCCCUCCACUGCCCGGUCGUCAGAGCAAUGUGCAGGAGGCCCCAGCCACUAUCGAUGAGAACGAGCCGCUUGGUCAGGAGGUGUAUGAGGAUGGCGAAGAACGCGGCCGUAUCUUCGUCAAGGUAGUAGGAAUCAAGUACAUGGAUCUACCUCUCCCACGUGGUGAACGAUCAUACUUUUCCCUUACUCUCGACAACGGCCUGCAUUGCGUGACCACUUCGUGGCUUGAGCUUGGGAAGUCGGCUCCCAUUGGACAAGAAUUUGAGCUUAUCGUGCAAAAUGACCUCGAGUUUCAAUUGACUCUGCAAAUGAAGGUUGAUGAAAAUAAGCUCUACCCACAGGAAGCUGCUAGCUCUCCCCGCCAAAAAGCUUCAGCUCUCAGCCGUGUAUUUGCUUCGCCUCGCCGGCGCAAGGAGUUGGACUUGCAGCAACAGAUGCAAUCCCAGCAACAGAAAUCGAAGGAUGUUAACGCUCCUGUAUGGGAACGUCUGCGUAACGUUGUUGCAAGGGACGGAAGCUUCGCUCGUUCAUACGUGGCUUUGAGUGAUCAUGAAGAACAUGCGUAUGGCCGCCCUUACACUGUUGAUGUCCCAUGUUUCAAUGAGUGGGCAGUCGAUGAACAGCCCAGCAGCGUUAAGAGUAAGAAGAGUGCGACAAGUGUCACUGCCCAACGUCGCCCUCCCUAUAAGAUUGGAAAAUUGGAGCUGCAGUUGCUCUUCGUGCCAAAACCUAAGGGCGGCAAAGACGAUGAUAUGCCCAAGAGCAUGAACGCCUGUAUUCGGGAGAUGCGCGACGCUGAGAGUGUUGCUUCUCGCAGCUGGGAAGGAUACCUUUCUCAGCAGGGUGGCGAUUGCCCGUACUGGCGUCGCCGUUUCUUCAAGCUCCAAGGAUCUAAAUUGACGGCCUACCAUGAAACAACACGGCAGCCGCGUGCUACGAUCAACCUGGCUAAAGCUGCUAAGCUAAUUGAUGACCGCUCAUCUCUCAUGCAGAAGGACCCCAAUGCUAAGAGCAGUGGUGGCCGACGGAAAUCUGCAUUCGCCGAAGAGGAAGAUGGCUACAUGUUUGUUGAAGAGGGAUUCCGUAUCCGGUUUGGCAACGGGGAAGUAAUUGAUUUCUAUGCCGACAGUCCAUCUGCCAAGGAAGGAUGGCUUCGUGUGAUGUCAGAGGCAGUGGGCAAGGGCUCCACCUCCAACGGUCCCAUCAAAGCUUGGGCUGAUCAUGUACUCAAGCGGGAGCGAAGUAUGAAGUCGCGGCGUCAGACUGCAGACCGUUUCCCUCCAAGUGGGAUUCCCACCCCUUCAUCGCCUGUUUCACAUCGGACAAGUGCAGUCAUGGCACCUCCAUCUUCAGCGGGUUCGGCGGCGCCGGCGCCUCAACCUAAUCGUCCCCGACACAAGCACACCUAUUCUCAACCGGAGAUGCCUAGUGCUGAAGCUCGCCGACAGAAGACUCGAUCCCUCAUGUUCUAA